AUGACAUUCCUUUGGCUGGCAGUGUUCCUCGCCGGAGCCAUACUCACGGGGUACUCGGUGUACCAAGUGGUGGCGGAUUACCUUUCCUACCCGGUGAUCACAUACGUAUCCAUGAGCCACUCGCAAAAGAUGCCUUUCCCCGCCGUCACCGUCUGCAACUCCAACCCCAUCGUCUGCUACAAGCUGGCCCAGUUCCGAGACCAGCUCCCCGAGCUGUGGAAUGCCUCCGGGUGUCAGAUCGCUCCUACGAUGUUCACUCAACUCGGGUGGCUUCAGUCCCCGCCUUUUGACCAAGAAGGAUUCAAGGCAGCCCUCGAUCGGUAUUUGCAGGAAGCCGAGAAUAUGACGGAGCUUGUAUUUGCUUUAGUAGAAGACAGCAUCACGUAUGCCGAAAAUUCGUCUCUCUUGAACUUCAUGUCCGGCAGGAAUAAAACAACUCGAUUGAAUGCACUUCUCAACACUCUUUUGUAUGUGGCACCGGAGAAGUUGAAGGCUGGGAAUGUCAGUAAGGCCUUCGAUGCCCUCAUGAUUUAUUUACCAGGACCCGCGUCGCAACCCCAACCAAAUGCAGUUUCCGGAGCUCCAAAUCAAGAGCCGAUGGCGGCGACAUACGAAGGCACAGGACCGGCACCAACUGAUUUCCCCUUCACCAACGCGUCGAAUCCCAGCAGCACAAUCGGAGACCUAACCUUCCCCGCAUCAACAAAUGCUAACGAUACGAUUGCUGCUCUCCCUUCCACCGCAAUACCGGUUCCCAAUGAUACAACUGCUGCAACAUCCACCACAACAGUAACUGCGAGUUCGACGACCGCUGCCCUUGCGUCCAACCAGACAAUAAGCACCAGUAAUGGAAACGAACAAAAUCCGACUCUCCUACAGAGGAGGAAGAGAUUAGCACCAGGCCCUGGGGGCAUACAAGGACCUCCUCCUGAUUUUCAGGGAGACGAUCCUCAUGGUUUCGGGGUGGUGAACAUGUCCUUUGCCACUGACGACUACUUGAAUCUGAUACUUACACCACUUUAUGGGGCUUGCUUCAUGUUCAACGCAGCCUGGAAUCCGAACGAUUCCAAUGCAGGAAAAAGGAUUUCAGGAAAAACUGGAGAAGAAACAGGCUUGUCUCUGGAACUGUUUGUGGACCAGGAGAACUACAUCGCAAACCCGAUUUCAGCGAGUGCCGGAGCCCGAGUCACCAUUCAUUCCCCAGACCAAUUGCCGAAUCCUGUGGAACAGGGAUACUUCGUUCAACCCAGUACUCACACUGUCUUUGCUUUACAAAUUGUGAACAUGUCCAGGCUGCCGAGUCCUUAUAGCACCGACUGUGUGACGGACUGGACACAGACUGACUACGAACCCCUUCCUCCUACAUUUAAUCUGAAUGUCAGCCUCGGUUACAGUCAAGUCCAAUGCGAGAGACUGAGACAAACAGCCGAGAUCGCCAGAAAUUGCAGUUGUCGGAACCCUGAAGUCCAGGACUAUUUUCUUCACAACGGGAUAUCCUAUCGAGGCCUUAAUUCGUGCGACAUCAACGUCGGAGGUGAGGUCAUCAAACUAAACAAUACGUUGUUGAACCGAGUGGCCGUCAAUCUAGGACUCGAUGAUGUCCUUGGGUCAAUUCAAAACGAUCCUGCAGCAUAUGCGACGACGAAGGAAAACAUUCAGAAGGACAUGCUGAAGGUUGAGAUAUUUUUUCGCUCCCUCAAUCUCCAAACGAUCCAGGAACAGCCGAAAUAUGACUUGAAUGGAGUGGUGAGUAACCUGGGAGGGGUAUUCGGGAUCUACCUGGGGAUGUGUGUCGUGAUGCUCAUCGAGGUCCUGGAAUUCCUCGCCUUUCUCCUCUACGACAUCGCUCGGCAUUUCCUCGGAAAGGAUUCGCGAGCUGAACCGGAGGAGAAUGGAGGUCGACUCAAGGGAAUGGAGUCAGGAGCGCGACCCGGCCCUUCCGUCUCUCAAGGAACUAAGGCCUUCGAUCGGAUCAUCGCAUCGAUGUACCCCAUUCCUGAAGCUCACUCUCCUCCCGUUUGUCACCGUGAAGUGUGGGGUAGUCGGUGA